CCACCGUAGUACAGAACACGUGUGUGUGUUUAUGAGACGUGUGUUCUGUUCCAAGUUAGUGCUUCAUGCUAAUAUUGAAAUUGCGGCGUGAUUCAGUUAUAAGGCUUUGCUGUCAUGAGUGACAGUGAAGAUGAUGUGCCGCAGCUCUCAGCGGAUACACUUGCAGCUUUGCAACAGUUUUAUGCCGAAAGUGGAAGGACGGGACAUAGACGAGACUCAAACCCGACUGAUAAAUUCUCUGUCGGUGCCAUGGAGGAAGACUGGCACAUGAGUCAGUUCUGGUACAAUGAGGAGACGGCCACACAGUUAGCGGAGGAAGUCCUACAGCAGGCAGGAACAGAUGGGAGGAUAGCUUGUGUGAGUGCACCCAGCGUUUAUCAAAAGCUAAAGCAGUUGGAAUCCGAGAGGCCAGACAGCACCUCAGCUGUUCUGCUGGAGUUUGAUCGACGUUUUGCAGCAUUUGGAGAUGAGUUCAUCUUUUACGAUUACAACAAUCCUCUGUGCCUACAUGAGGAUAUUCUUCCACAGAGCUUCGACAUCGUCAUCGUAGACCCACCGUACCUGUCAGAAGAGUGCCUUAGCAAGGUGGCGCUUACGGUUAAAUACCUCACUAAGGGCAAAAUCUUGCUCUGUACAGGAUCUAUUAUGGAGGAGCACGCAGGGAAACUUAUGGAUCUGAAGAUGUGCAGUUUUUUACCAAAACACAGUCACAAUCUGGCAAACGAGUUCCGCUGUUACAUCAACUAUGAAUCAAGUCUUCUCUGAUGAAAAAUGCUUUUGAUCAGACACUUAAAUCUACCCUUUCCACUUGGACAUGUACAGAUCAUUCGGAACAAUUAAUACUCUCACUACAGGAUCCAGAUUUUAGAGUGGAAUAUUUGGCGGUUCAUGAGAGAUCUGAGAUCACCGUCUUUAAUUAUAUUGCUGGCUGACUUGUGGUUUCAGUUCAUCAGUCAUACAGACAUUGAAGACAACUAUCAAACAGUAUAAUAUCAAUAAUGAUAUUAGAUAAGACUUUGAGUUUAAUUUAAUUGCAUUUCUGUAUAAUACACUAACUAGAUUUGUGUGGAACCCGUGUAUUUAAAGCAAUAAUAUGAGUGCUGUCACAAACUCAAAAUAAAUGGUUUCUCUUUUAAAAAGUGUAAAUGGUUCAAAUAAAUGCUUGUUUUUAAAAGCAGC